AUGUCGGUAGAUUUUUCGAAAAAGCAAGCAUCUUUACGCAUGCACGCAUGCGAUUUGGCCAGGACGUCUGGUAGCAAUUUACCCAAAUUACCUCCAAACGCAAAAUUCUACAGUCGUUGGAAACGAAAUCUUCAAAAGUUCAUUCUCGUCUCUGCUCAACAUCCUUUCACACGAUUAAUUUUACGCAGCCAGGCCGCCGUUGCCUUCGAAAAAAGAAGACAUUCAAGAUCAUCUAAUCAAUGGGUAAUUCACCCUUGUAGUAUGUUAAGAAUUGGAAAGAGUAGUGAUCCUGAAUAUUGGAAUAUUGUCUAUCCUAGUUACGCCAUUUGCAUCAUCGAUAUAUUUCUUAAUUUUAUUACUGGAUUUGUGUCCUCGGACGGACAUGAGAUUAUUCUUGAUUCUGGUUUAAUUGCACGACAUUAUUUGAAAGGAUAUUUCUUCAUUGAUUUUAUCAGCACGCUUCCCUAUAUGUGGUUCUAUCCAACACGUAUCUUAUCACCUGACACGGAUUCAAAUUUUGCGUUGCUUAUUGUUGAAUUUCUGCCUAUUUUGAAAAUAAUUCGCCUUCCUACAGUACGACGUAAUGUUCAACAAAUCAAUGCAAAAUUUGGUAUUUCUCAAGCUCAAGAGACAACAAUAUGGCUCAUUAUCUUAACAUUACUAAUUUUUCAUUGGAGUAGCUGCAUAAGUUACGUCUUUCCUUACAUCAUGAUGCAUUUUCAAGGAAAUUUGAUGAAAGAUUCAGAUGCGUAUUAUAUCACCACAGAGCUUUUUAAUAAACCAAGUUGGAAAACAUAUUUAAUAUUUGUGCAUAUUGGAGUAAGUAAUUUAAUUGGCUCCAAUUUUAUAGAAUUCAACGCCUUUGGAAGUUGUGAUAAUGUAAUACGAUGUACACUUUUAUUGCUGGGAAAAGCCUAUGCAUUCUAUCUGAUUGUAACUAUUCUGCAAUUGUUGGAAUCGUCAGCGGAACCAGAACUUAAAUAUCAAAGGAUCAUGCGUCAAGUAAAGGAAUAUAUUCGUCACAAAAAGCUUCCAUUAUAUUUGCAAGACAAGCUCAUCUUUUAUUACGAGUAUCGUUAUCAAGGCAGUUUCUUCAAGGAGAAUGUUAUAUUUGACACUCUUUCGAAUCAUUUAAAUCAAGAAAUUUUAUUUCAUAGCAGUCAAGGUUUACUAGACACCAUGAUUCUUCAUAGUUUGUCCCGCAAUAUUCUUGGUGAUUUAAUAAAUUUAAUGAAACCGGUGAUAUAUCUUCCAGAAGAUGUGAUUUAUAAAGCUGGCACUGAUAGUGAUUGCAUGUAUUUUAUAGUCAGCGGGACCGUCGUACUGAUCACAUUCUCAGGAAGAGAAAUAUGUCAUUUAUACGAUGCUGAUCUUGGCGAAGCUGCCAUGGUCCAUCCGGAUCGACGUAGAAGGGAAUCGGUCAUCGCUCUGGAAGUUUGCGAACUGCUUCGCCUGCAUCGUCGCGAUUUUAAGCGCCUCUUUGCCAAGAAUUCGGAUUUCUAUAACAGUUUGGAACAUAUUGCACGAGAACGUAUGCAAAGGAUUAAAAAAAUGGAUGAGGAGAAUGAGCAUCAGAACAAAUAAAAAUUAAA